AUGGGACCGGAAACGAAGAAACCGGAUGAGUACAACACGACAAAGAGAGAAAAGAUCAUUCUUCGUCCUUCAGCAGCCCUGCCUCCUGCCAACGUGAACGCGAAACAGAUAGCCAACAAGUUUACCAGUCAGAUCAGAGAAAUGCACAAGAUGUGUGGGGGAAGGUUGGACCUCAUUCAUAUGAUGUUUUGUCAGAUUGCGGAACACAAUGGAAAGCCCCCCAUUCCUCCUCAAAGCAUGCUCCUCCUCCUCGAACUGACCCCUGAAGACUGCAAGGAACAUCCGGUGAUUGUCAGUGACGUGGCGCUGGAGAAGGCGUUUGCAAAGAUGAUUAAGCCGGAAGACAAUGCCGACGUGUUCUACACUAAAGUGAUUUCUGUUGUGGAGCAGCAAGUGGCGAGAUCAAAGCAUGCGACAGUUGAGAUCGAGAAACUCAGACCUGCCUUCAAGGAGCUGCAUGAGGCCUGCGGAGGAUCCUCAAAGGCUCUCUUCGCGUUCUUCAUGGAGCUGCUGCCUGAGGAGCAACGUGGCCAAUAUUCGCUCCCCAUGUGGGUCAGCAUGGUGAUGAAACUUCCCCCUCAGACAACCCACAUCGAGCUCGAUCACUUCACGGAUUGCUUUGCUCAAGCUAUGGACAGCACUGAUACUGCAGAAUCCAUCCUCCCCAAGGUCCGCAAGCAUAUCGAGCUCAAUCAGGACCCCAAAGCUGCAGCUGCCAAGGCUGCCGAAAUUGACCGACAGGCCAAGGAGAUUGCAGAGAGAGAAAAGGCCGCACAAGCUCAUGCCCAGAGUGGACCCAGUGCAGAGGCUGUUGAGCUCGUGAACAAAUUUGCGACCAACAUCAAGGAAUUGCAUUCCGCCACUGAGGGACGAGUCAGCUUGAUUCAUGCUGCGUUUUGCUCUGUGGCUGAGUCCAACGGAAAGCCUAGAAUUCCUCCUCAAGCGAUGGGAAGUUUGUUGGAGCUCACAAAGGAGGACACCAUGAAAAAUCCAGUGACUGCUUCUCUGGAGCAACUGACAAAGGCCUUUGCAAAGUUAGUGAGACCAGAAGAAACAGUAGAAAACUUUCAGUCUAAAGUUGUCGAGGUCGUGGAUAAAUGCACCCGUAGAGCUCAACAUGCGAGCAAGCAAAUUUCCAUUUUGUCGCCUGCAUUAACCAAGUUACACGAAGCAUGCGAAGGAUCGAGCAAGAGCUUGUUCGAGUUUUUCAUGGACCUUGUGCCGGAGGCCCAACGUCCUGGACUCACGCAAGAACAGUGGAAUUCUCUCAUUAUGAAAGUUCAUCCGAAGACUGAGAAGAUCCCGCUGGAUGUUUUCAUUCUUAGCUUUCAGGAUUCGAUGGAUGACAGCGAUGAUUCAUCCAAGAUCCUUCCUGUGUUAGAAAAGCACAUCGAAAUGCUCAACUCGGGCGGGGCAGCACGAGGCAAGACGAGUCAAGAAGAAGAAGCAACCAAUGUAAACCCCUCAGCUCCGAGGACAUGGGAGGCGCUGCUGAGAAAGCUGAGUCAAGAGGCGAAGGUCAAACUGUGGGAGAGGGUAACGAAGGAGAAUCGCAGCCUGGUGGUGAAUUAG